CUCAUUGUCUUUCGCUUGCUCGUCAAGCAUCUCCCGAAAAAUGCACCUUUAAUUUUUGUUCAGCGUUCCAUUUUGUUUGUUGCCUGGCAACCUCACGCGUACCGCAGGCCUUCUAUCGCAUCGCAACCCGUUAAUUAUAACCGGGCGACUCAUCGCCAAUCAUCUGCACGCUGCAGUGUUGUAUAUAAGUCGUCGUGGGCUCCGUCACCGUCUCUCCACUCCUGGCCUCGCAGUCUGCUGCGAGAGCACUCACCCUCACACACUUACCAAUACAUCAAACCGUUGAACAUAACGCUUGCGAAACACCGUAACUGAUGUCGCCCAGCCCGUUCUCGCCGCCAUCAUCUUCUGCAAACGGCUUCGCUAUGCUCUCCGUUCCCGCCUCUCCGCGCGAAGCACAUUUCAUGUACGACGAGUUGCAUUCGGUACUCAGUCCACAAGACGAUGCCCGCGCCCGGAGGAGGAGGAGCUCUGCCGAGGUGAAGGAGGGGUUGAAGAAGCUGUUCAGAGGCUUGUAGAGGUCGCCGGCGGAACAGCAGCCCGGCGGACAUCAUGAGCUCAUUGCCGCAUGCCAUAAAGGCUGCGGCGUAUGGCACCGCAUUGACCGCAAGAGGCUGUGUAUGACCACACGCUCCGCCGCGGGCCUUGGCCUUACCUUUGCAAGCUCAGCUUACGCCGCGGUCCGCUGUAAACCCUCACAUAGAGGUGGGCACGUAAAGCAAUGCUCGAGGCGCACGAGCACAUCAGGACGACGGAGUCACGGGAGAACGAAAGAUAGAUGGAAGUGGCGGGACAUUUCUUCCAAGUAUACAUAUAAUACAAAUAGUUCAUCGAUAUCUUACCAACGGACAUGGCGUACUAAUCAUUUUAACACUUGUACUUACUUGCACUCAUAACUGUGCGGAAAUCGACGCUGUGGUACUUAGCACUGGGCGCAGAGGCCGAAGCUGGAGCUAGAGGCUCGAUGGACAGUGCGGAGGUGGCUCGAUUCCUCUAAUAAAAUGCAACGUUUGGUCUCUUCG